CUCUGCUCAUUUACGGCCGUCUGUCGUGCAUCUGUGGGUGUGGUUGAGGAGAGAGAAAAGUUGCCAGCAUGGCGUUUACACUCUAUUCACUCAUCCAGACCGCUAUUCUGUGCACAAAUGCCAUCGCCGUGCUGCACGAAGAAAGGUUUCUCAGCAAAAUUGGAUCAGGUGUUGACCAUGGGGUCUCAGGUUUUGGAGAUGACCCGGGAAUCAAAGCCCAAGUCCUCAAUCUCAUCCGCUCAGUCCGAAUUAUUAUGAGAGUGCCUCUUAUAAUCGUGAAUUCAGCCUCCAUCGUCCUGUUGUUGCUUUUUGGAUGACGACCUGUCAGCAGAAUCAAGUAUCAACUCAAGCUGCAGGACCAAGCAACAAUCUCUCUCUCUCUCUCUCUCUCUCUCUCUCUCUCUCUCUCUCUCUCUCUCUCUCUCUCUCUCUCUCUCUCUCGUGACGUUAGGCUGGAAGCAGAGUGUUGUUGCACAUUUUAAGAAAAACAAAACAACAGAUGGUUUCAAUUGGGUGAAAUCUUUUUUUAAAUAUUGUAAUUUAAUGUUUCUAUAUGUCUUAUAUAACAGCACUAUAGGCCGGUUGUGAGUAUAUCUGCCUCACAAUUCGAGGUUCUGUGUUCAAAUCUCAGCUCCGGCCUUCCAGUGUGAAGUUUGGAUGUUUUCCCCAUGCUUGUGUGUGUUUUUUUUUCUGGCUUUCUCCCACAUUCACAAAAAAUACAUUUUAGUUUAAUUCAACACUUAAAAUUGCCUCUUGAUGUGAACGGGAAUAAUUGUUUGUCAAUAUGUGAAUUGCGAUGCGAUUGACUGGCAACCAGUCCAGGGCGUACCCCCACCUCUUGCCAGUCAGUCCAUCUCACCCAUGCCUCAAAUGAGGACAAGCGGUAUAGAUAAAUGGAUAUGAAAUGUCAUUGUUUACGCUGUCGCUGUGGAGGCACUCGUUACUGCAAGUCACAUUCCAACUGUUGGUUUGCUUCGGAAGGAAUUGUGCCAAAUGUGCGGGAAAAACAAUGUCGGCAUUUAUUCGUGUUGCUGUCACCAGGAUUUUGAGAUGUUUUUCUCUGAAUAAAUGUAUCACUUAAAAAGUGUUUGCCAAAGUCCAGUCUAAAAAUGUUUUCGCUUCAUCUUUCCACCCCUCUGUUGUAAAUAUUGACACAUUUCUCUCACUGCACUCAUCUACCCCCUGCUGCUCUACUUUUGUAAUAAUCCCCAUAUGCUGUGAAUUAUCACCAUUUCCUGCCCUGUUGAUCCCAACAAAUAUUAUUAACCAGUUUUGAUCCUAAAAAAAAA